ACUUGUGAAAUUAGAAACAUGUACACGCUUCGUCCUCUCGUCCACGUUCUUUGUGUCUCCCCUUCAAUUUCUAUUUUAGCGUCUUCUCUCACAAAUCUCUCUCACUAACAGGCAGUGGCUUCAAUCAUUCAUUUUUGAAACAAAUAAUAUCUGCCCCCCUGAACUCGUUGUCUUCCUGAUCUCUUCUCCAGCUCAAUUGGCUGUAUAUUCUCAGGUGGCAUUUUGUUGCUUCAAUGGCGGCAAUACUGGCUUCACAAGGUUGUUAUUGUCAUCAUAUUGAUUUGAUGAAUGAAGGAAGGAUAUUAUCGGACAAUCUCAGUUUCUCGAGUUCGGUUUCGAACCCAUUUGUGAAGUUUGACCGAAAAAUACGUAACGUGAUUUUCUCUGAUAAAUUAAGAAUGGAAGUUGAAAUGCGACAAACUGAGUCGCCGGCUUCAAAAAACUUAGGUUCCAGUGGACCACCAGACCCAAAAAAACUAGGGUCCAAUGGAAGAGUGAUAAAGAUGGUGCCUACAAGUGAGGUGAUGAAGAAAAGAACCCCGAAUGGUAACAGAGUAGAUAUACAGAAUAGAACGAAGCAGGUUAUUAAUGGAGCGACUUUAGCUAAGAGAGAUUCUAGCGCUGCACUUGUAAAGUCAACAAGAUCUAGAGAGACUGACAAACUUCCACCACUGGAGGAUUUUAGGGUUCUUCCAACAGAUGAGGGCUUCAGUUGGGCGGAUGAGAAUUACAAUGACUUUCGAAGGACCAUUGACAUUUGGUCCUUUGUUCUGGCCUUGCGUGUUCGUGUUACGUAUGACAAUGCCAAAUGGGCAUACGUGAGAGGUUUCACAGAAGAUAAACAGAAAAGCCGUAGGAGAAGAACUGCUUCAUGGCUACGGGAGUGUGUAUUGCAGCUUGGUCCAACUUUUAUCAAACUUGGACAAUUAUCCUCAACAAGGUCAGAUCUAUUUCCCCGAGAGUUUGUGGAUGAGCUUGCCAAGUUGCAGGAUAGGGUGCCUGCCUUCUCUCCGAAGAAAGCAAGAAGUUUCAUUGAGAGAGAAUUGGGAGCUCCGAUUGAUGUGCUGUUUAAGGCGUUUGAGGACCAGCCAAUUGCUGCAGCUAGUCUUGGUCAGGUGCACCGCGCCAUCCUGCAUAAUGGGGAGAAAGUAGUUGUGAAAGUUCAAAGGCCUGGUCUCAAGAAACUUUUUGACAUCGACUUAAGAAAUUUAAAGCUAAUCGCAGAGUACUUUCAGAGAAGCGAGACUUUUGGUGGUGCAAGUAGAGACUGGAUUGGCAUAUAUGAAGAAUGCAAAAGGAUUUUGUACGAGGAGAUUGAUUAUAUUAAUGAAGGAAAAAAUGCUGACAGAUUCCGCCGAGAUUUUCGGAAUAUAAAAUGGGUCCGAGUGCCGCUGGUAUUCUGGGAUUAUACUGCCACGAAGGUUUUGACUUUGGAGUAUGUACCGGGGGUUAAGAUAAAUCAUUUAGGUAUGCUAGAUUCACGGGGAUAUGAUCGUUCACGAAUUUCAUCACGGGCCAUAGAAGCAUAUUUGAUUCAGAUUCUGAAAACUGGUUUCUUUCAUGCUGAUCCUCAUCCUGGAAAUCUCGCUGUCGAUGUGGAUGAAUCACUUAUCUAUUAUGACUUUGGUAUGAUGGGAGAGAUCAAAACUUUUACACGCGAGAGGCUACUUGAACUUUUCUAUGCAGUUUAUGAAAAAGACGCAAAAAAGGUUAUUCAAAGCCUCAUAGAUCUUGAAGCACUUCAGCCCACUGGAGAUUUAUCAUCUGUGAGGAGAUCUGUACAGUUUUUCCUGAACAAUUUACUGAGCCAGACACCUGAUCAGCAGCAGACUUUGGCUGCAAUUGGGGAGGAUUUGUUUGCAAUAGCUCAGGAUCAGCCAUUCCUGUUUCCAUCCACAUUUACCUUCGUCAUUAGAGCAUUUUCAACGCUUGAAGGUAUCGGGUACAUUCUUGAUCCAGAUUUUUCCUUUGUGAAGAUUGCUGCCCCUUAUGCGCAGGAGCUUUUAGAUGGAAGACAAAGGCCACGUAAUGGAACACGACUAGUUGAGGAAAUAAGGAAACAAGCAAAUGAUGCUAGAAGUUCCACCAUAUCCAUGCCGUACAGAAUCCAACGAAUAGAGGAUUUUGUGAAACAACUUGAAGCGGGUGACUUGAAACUCCGAGUCCGGGUGCUUGAGUCAGAAAGAGCUGCUCAAAAAGCAACAAUACUACAAAUGGCGACCAUGUAUACAGUCUUAGGAGGUACCCUACUAAACCUCGGGGUAACCUUCAGCAACCAGGGCAGUCAAGUUUUCGCAAAUGGAUCGUUCAUUGGUGCAGGAGUUUUUCUGACACUUCUUCUAAGGUCGAUGCAAAGGGUAAAGAAGCUUGAUAAAUUUGAGAAGAUGGUAUGAUUUCUGAAGCGACUGGUCAAACUUCCUGCUGCAUGGUGCACACCAGAUACUAAUCAUUCAUCUGAAGUCGUCAAUUGUCCUAUUCUUAAUCCAAGUGAUCACAAGCUUGAGAGAUCAACCAUAACUUCAAACUCAAAAUCAUAUAAUUGGACCAUUGAGGUGGUGAUAUGGCAUUCCUGAAGACCCUGAGUGGCAAGGAACUUGUCAAGCAGACAGGUAUACAUUAAUUAUUAGUCAGUUUGAUCACGAAUCACGAACAGAAAGACUCCGUGUAAAGGAAGAUAGAAAACAUCAAUUAAACAAUGGAGGAAAAGAAAAUAUUGUCAAA